UUAUCAUGAUUUAAAGUAGCGAUAUCACCAACUUAUGACCUCAAUCUACAAUGUAUCACUCAAAGAAAAUUUUCAUUAGACGCAUAUGACUUGGUUUUAAUCUCACUCUUUCUUUCUUCUUUCUUUUUCCCCUUUUUUUAUUCCUUUUUUUUUCUUUAUUCUAUAAAUAAAUAAUGUCAAGGUUACCAACCAGUGGCAUCACUGGUAAAACAAAACUGUCAAGACAGCAGUCUGUUGCUGAUUUAAGGAAAAGAAAGACAAUAGAGGUUCCGCCUGUGCCUAUACCUUCAAAAUCAUCAAACACCAAAGCACGCUCACGUUCAUUUGUCGAGCCCAGACCGACUAAGCCUAUCAGCUCACCUGUACAACAAGAUCUUUAUAUUGGUCAAAGAGUCGCUGUUGAUUCAAUGGGUAUCGUUGGUACCUUAAAAUUCCUUGGUGAAGCUGAAUUUAAAGAAGGCUACUGGGCUGGUAUUCAGUUGGAUAUUUUAGGAUCAGGCAAAAACGAUGGUUCCGUAAAAGGGUCUAUUCGUUCUCGCUUCUAAAGUCACCCCUUUAGAUCAAGACUCAGACUCGGUUCGUUCCUUGUCCCCUCCUUCCACCAAGUCAAGGACGGCCCGACAGAUUGGUCUUACGACCACUCAGCUUCAACAUCAGCAACAGAAACCUAUCAACGCACGGCCACCGUCGUUGCAUACGCCUGUUACUUCG